AAGAAGAAGAUAUUCUAACAUAACCUAAAUUAACCUCAACUUUAAAUUUAAAUAUUUCAAUUUUGACUGUAGAUAUUAUAAAAUUAAGGAAAAAUGGUUUGUAAAGACACACUGAAAAUAAAAAAUCUGCCAAAGGAACUCACAGACGCCCAAAAGGAAGACUUUGCCAGACAUUUUGGUGCAUCAACCAUAAAAGUUAUAACAUCUCAUUCGACAGGAAGAUCUAUUGUUUUUGCCAAAUUUGAAAAUAAUGAAGUAGCCACAGCUGUAAUGCACAGACUCCACCAAACGAGAGUACUAAAUAACAUAAUAUCUGUAGAAUAUGCCCCAAAUGAUUUAUUAGCAGGCAAACAACCAAGUAGACCAAGUGAGGAACCUGAAGUAGUUACAGAAACAAAAUUUUAUGAGACAUUUAUUAAAAGAAUCAAUGCAUUCAAUGAUUAUGUGGGAUUUCACCAACCGCCACCUCCACAUUUAAAAUAUGAGUAUCCAAAAGCCAACAGAGCAACAGUUAGUAACAUUGCACAUGCAUUGGCAACAGUACCUAAAUUUUACACACAAGUAUUACAUUUAAUGAAUAAAAUGAAUCUACCACCUCCAUUUGCAACAGUAGAACAAUCUGCAGUGUCUCAUCAGCCUUCAGUUCCUGUAUCUACACAAAAUCCUCCUACACCAAAGCCAUCAAAAAAUAAAAGUUCAUCUGAAUCCGAACUGGAAAGUGAUGAAGAUAAUAAACAAACAGAUAUAAUUCCAGAGAAAAGAGUUUUACCUCACAAAAAGGUGGUCAAAAGGCCAAAAUUUAUAAAACCACAAGUAAAUUCCAUUCCAAGUUCUUCCAAGCCCUCAGAGAAACCAGAAAAUGUAUUUGAAAAGAGUGAUGUCAUAUUAGACAGGAAAAUAGAACUGAAAGUUAAUGCAGACUCACUAGACAAUAAACAAGAACAAGAAACUAGAAAAACAGGAUCAUUUGGAAUAAUGUUGCCAUUAGUUAAACCUGUGGAAAAUGAGAAGGUUGACAAAGAGGUGACUGACAAAGUGGAAAUAAAGAAAAAAAAACAUAUUACAGAGGAUGAAUUACUUAGUAACCAAAUUCCUCUCAAGGAUGUGGGAGUUCUACCAGUAUUUAAAAAUUAUCAUCCAGGAACACCAACUUGUAGAUUGUACAUUAAGAAUAUUGCAAAAACUGUGACUCAAGAAGAUUUGGAGUAUAUCUACAGCCUAUAUAAAUUGGAUGAAACUGAAGAUAGACCAAGUCAGUUUGAUAUAAGAUUGAUGCAAGAGGGUAGGAUGAAGGGACAAGCAUUCAUAACAUUAGAUACAGUGGAGCAAGCUCAAAAAGCUUUAGAACAAACAAAUGCCUACAUUCUUAAGGACAAACCUAUGGUUGUCGUAUUUGCUAAAUCCGCACCAACUCCAAAAAACUUGAAGAAAGACUAAACUGCUUUAAAUUAUUAUUUUCACAUUUAGAUAAUAAAUUUUAUUUAUAUGAA